CUGGUGCAUGGUGAAGAAGAAAAGGAAGAAGAAGAGGAAGAAGAAGAAAACGGCAUAUGUUGGUGGGGGCAGCUCUUCUCUCUGCUCCUCAGAACUUCGUUGGUGGGGGUAAGGCAACACUCAAAGAUCGUGGUGACGUAGUUCUGGCAGGAACGCGACGCGUUUUUGUCCACGUAGCAAGAAAAGAGAACUUUCCUACGCCUCGUCUGUGCCUUACGUAGCUGGUACUUUUGAGAGAAGGAGAGACGGACAGAAGGAGCAAGACACGGAAGUAGAGAAAGCGAGGAGAAGGAAGAGGACGUCAACUACUUCGACAGACAGAGAGAAGAGGGAAGAGGGAGCUAGGGAGAGAAGAGAGAGAGAGAGAGAGAGAGAGGGUGAUUGGGGUGGGGGAAAAAAGAAGAGGCAGAUGAUUCAAAGGACCGGAAAUCAGUGGUCCUCUCUCUUCCGGAUCUUUCUUGAAUUGCGAGUCCCUUUUUCGCAAUCUUGAAGACGUUUCCUACAACGAAUUUUGCAUCAUCUUCAAACACUCUCAGUGCGAUAUGAUCAUGAGGAUCAAGCACACAUCAUCGUGGCUGCAAGACAUCUCGAGAAACGCAAUAUCGAGAAUAAUUCGUUCGAUAAGAACGUGAAGAUCGAGAAGAAUUUUGCGCGCGACAAGUGAAUCUUCGGCAAAAAAUGUGAUCAUCCUUUAACACUUCUGUUGACAUUGGUUCUAAAAAAAAAUCUAGUCUAUCACAAAACUGCGAAAACAUCGGAAAAUUGAUUCGAAGGAUUUCAAGAUAUUCUACGAACGAAUUAUCACAUCGCGAUGUUAAGUUUUGUUAGAUGAAUCGAUCAAGGAGUCGCGUGGUAGAAGGGAGAUAUUUUUAGUAGUUAGUUCGCUAAUAUUUCAUCACGAAGGUGUAUUCUACAUCUAACGGAGGACAUAUACUUGGUGAAUUCACAUCCUAUCGAUUUCGUACUGGACCCGGUAAAUUCACGAGCGUUGCUAUUACGUUUAAUUUUGUUUCGCGUACGAUUUCGUUUUGCGCUUUUCGUCUAUAAUUCGUUCUAUAAUUAGCGAGCAGAACGGACAAAGGAAACAUAAUCGGUGAUCUUCGGAAGUGUGUCACCAGGUGCGAAGGGGAUGGAGAUGCGUUUCGUUCUCGUGGCGAUCUGCCUCCUUCUAGUCACCCCCAUCACCGGUUCUUUCUGGACCGUAGGAAGCACACUGGUCAUGGAUCCGAUGCUCGUCUGUAAGAAAAUACGAAGACUGAAGGGGAAACUUGCUGAUAUUUGCCGUAAAGAGCCAUCCCUGUUGAAAGAAAUUGCAAGAGGUGUCCAAGUAGGUACUAGGGAAUGUCAAUAUCAAUUCCGGAAUCGAAGGUGGAACUGCACGACCAUCAGGAGAUCUCUGAAGAAGAUGCUGCUCCGCGAUACGCGGGAGACGGGUUUCGUGAAUGCCAUCACCGCAGCUGGAGUUACUUAUGCGAUUACGAGAGCCUGCACUAUGGGUGACCUCGUGGAAUGUUCCUGCGAUAAGAUGACGAAGGGUAAUCGUUUGUCUAAAUUCGCGCGAGCCGAGGCCAAGAAAAGUUUGCCAACAGACGGAGAAUGGGAAUGGGGUGGAUGCGGUGAUAACGUGAAUUUCGGCUUCAGAAAAUCUCGUGCUUUCAUGGAUGCGCCUUAUCGUAAGCGAAGCGACAUUAAAACACUAGUAAAGCUCCACAACAACGAUGCUGGACGUUUGGCUGUACGUAACUUUAUGAAGACUGAGUGCAAGUGCCACGGGCUUUCCGGUUCCUGUACGGUGCGCACUUGUUGGCGCAAAAUGCCAUCGUUCCGGGAGGUCGGUAAUCGCUUGAAGGAGUCCUUCGACGGCGCAGCCAAGGUCAUUCCCAGCAACGACGGUCACAGUUUCAUCACCGAGGGUCCUACGAUCAAGCCGCCCGGUAGAUUCGACCUGAUCUACAGCGAAGACUCGCCGGACUUUUGCAAGCUGAAUCGUAAGACCGGCUCGCUAGGGACGACGGGUCGUCAGUGCAACGAGACUAGUCCCGGGAUCGAGGGUUGUGAGUUGCUCUGCUGCAGCAGAGGUUACGAGACCAAGAUCAUCAAGGAGAAGACCAAUUGUCAGUGUAGGUUUCGGUGGUGUUGCGAGGUCACGUGCAACACAUGCCUCGUCAAGAAGACCGUCAACACUUGUCGCUAGAGUGUCGAAGUAGUAAGUGAACAAACUUUUUGGUAUAUCGAUACAAAUAUAUGACAACGUCGAGAAUUUUUCGAGUUGGCUUUGCACCGCCAUUUUUUACAUUAGAGUAGACUGAGGUGACACAAUGUGCCGAGAGGAAUGAUUUAUAUUCUUUGCGCGAGUCGGAAUAUAAUUAUUAUUAGCCGAAAUGCUGUUUCGUUUUUCCUAACAAUGGAGAGGAAUAUUCACGAAUAUUUAAUCAAACUUUUCUUGUUGUCUCACUAUUCAUUUCUGUGGGAGACGUUAGCGAUUUGACUUAUGUCAAUUGUUGCAGCAUAUGGAAGCAUAUAUUUUUUUAUAUUCAAUAUUGGUGCUUAACGCGACGAUGAACAGUUUUCGAUUUUUAUCGCAGCCAUUGCUAAUCUACGGUCUUUCCCUCGGUACGCUCGUGAUAAUUACAUCUAUUACAUAAUAAGGUUUUGUAAUAUAUAAGAAUACUUUUAUACGAUUUACGGUUCGAUCUUGAAUGUUCAACGACGAAUGUUUAGAUGACAUGUGAUUUACGAUUUAUACCGCGACCGUAUAUUCUCGGUCGCGGGUAAAUCUAGGUUACUUAGGAUAUGUAUGUGUUUAGGAUUUUUUAAAUGGUUUAUCGUACGCGCGAACGUAAGGAGCGGGAUCGAGAACGUCAGUAGUACAUGCGCGUGCAGAGUCAGACGCGAGUCCGCGAUGCACCUAGACGCGAUUCUUCGCGUUUUGCAGGACAUCUUCGACUACAUAUCUAUGAGUUGUCUGCAAUUGUAAAAUUGAAUAUUUUUGAUAUAAAACUCGACGUAGUCUUAUUGAUGAAAUAUCAAUGCUGACAAUGAGAUAGGUUGUAUGUAGUCAAAGAUUUUCAUUGUUAUAACUGGGAUCGGUUCUAUACGUUUACAAGUCGUAUUCUAGAUUUUUAUUAGACUGCUAAUCUCUUCUUCAAGUUUCGGGAAGAUAAUAAAAAUAAUUCGCAACGUUACCUAAAAAUAUCUUUCUCUGAUCUUAAUGAUAACAGAAUGUCUAAAUAUUUCUUCAGGAUUUAAUAAAUCUCAUUAAUCUACUUUUCAUAUUUUUAGUUCAGGAAAAAUUGAAUAUAUUUUAAUGAAAACGAAAAUUUCUUGAUUUCUAAUCCGGGUUUCUGCUAGAUAGAAUCGAUUCUACGUAUAAUAGUCAUUAUCAGCAUCGCCGACGCCGUCGACGCAAGGGUGAUUUUUUUUCUUUUUUACUCGCGCUGAAGCUUUCCACGUAUCUCCAGUGCUCGUAAUACAUAUUAAUACGCACGUGUAGUCGUAUGAUGAAUUUAUGUAAAGUAUAUCCGUCGGACCAUCAUAACGCGCCAUCAAUUCGCAUAGUAAUGCCUCGCUUUUCUGCUUGAAUCGCCGCGAGGUCGAGCUUCGAGCGAAAUCCCGGGUGAUCAAUUCGACAUUAACGACGUAUCGCAAACAUCUCGACGUUAUGUCGCAUCGAGUUUUUAUGCAAAUUUUUGAUUACAGUCGGGCAAACACUCAGGACUUUGCUCUCGCUUGCGCGUCUACAUCCAUAUUAUGUUUUGCUUUUUUUCCUCGCGUGAUAUAUAAGCUUUUGUGCCAUACGUCGCAGUUCGAUCAUUCAUGUUUCAAUCAACGAACUUUACACGAGCUUCUUCCGUUUCUCGAAUAAUUAUACUUUUUUAAUCGAUUAAACGAGCCUUAUCGCGCCACAAGGCUUCCUUUUUUAUGUACAUAAGACUGAAAUUAUUAAUGUUUUGCACUCUUGUGCAAAUAUAUGACUUAGGUAUGAAGAGAAAAAAUUGUAUUUACGGACGAAUCUCGUUUCGUUACUAUUAAGAUUUAUUAAGAUUAGUAGUGACGAUUUAUUUUAGAAUGCGAACAUAUAUAGAAGGAAGAAAUAUAUGAUUUUAAUUGUAUUUGAAA